AUGGAUGACAGAUCCCGCAACAACUCGGAGGCUCAAUCUCAUGCGACAAACAUUGACCAUACCCUAAAGGAGCUUCAGCGAAAAGUUCGCGAAUAUGAUGCUCAGUUAAGCGAGUUGCGAUCCGCCGGGUACGAUGCCCCCAGCACCGCCGCUGGCCAAGCGCGGAUCCUCAAAACAGCGUUUGACGACGUCACCAACUCGGAACCCUUUCUCCCCUUCCCGGGCUCGGUUCUACCUGCGUUGCUGGCCCUGCGCAAGACACAUCAGACAAUCCAAGAAUCCAAAGCGUUUCUCGCCUCGCAGACUGAGACGACCGAGAAGACAAAGAAGCGAUUAAAAGAUGACGAAGCUGCGCUGAGGGACCAGCAGCUCCUCAACGAAGCUCUCAAGCAAAGAAUCGAGACUCUACGCACAGAGGCGGAUUCUGGAGCCAACGCGCAGCCCGAAGACGAAGCGCGCAAACGCAUCGAGGAAUUACGGCGGAAGAAACAAACGUACAACAAAGAAACGAGCAAGCUGAUGAAGUCCCUCAACCGCUUCAUCGACGACCAUCUGGCGGUGAUGCUUGCGGCAGAAGCCAUGGGCGGCCCCGUUGUCGGGGACCUGAUGGACGCCGACGCCGAGGAAAUCGCCGCGGGCUUCAACGCGCAGGGGAAGCUCAAGAAGCCAAAGGGCGAAGUAAACAAGGACAAGAGCCAGCGCCGCAUAGACGACAUCUGGGGCCCCAGCGACGGCAGCAGCGGCGGCAAGAAGAGGGAUGUGGCUACGGCUGCUGGCGAAGAGAUGCGGCAGCUUACAGAGGAGCUGCUCAACAAGCUUGUGGAGGCAAAGGGCAACAGCUCGGAUGCCUAUGUGAGGCUGCCGUACGAGACGGCGUCGGCGAGAUUCCUCAUCAGGUCCAACGUUGCGCAGUUUCACCCAAAAGACGCCAUGAGGAUACGGCUGGUGGACUAUGGACGAGAGCUGGACGACUAG